UCCCUCUACAACGAAGAACGCCCAAUUGCGAUUUGUUUUUAGCUUAGCUGGGGCACGAGUGAAAUUGGAAACGAGGGAAAAAUACGUUUAAGCUUACUUUCUCUGAGAUUGGUUUUAUCUAAGUAUUGUAGCAAACGUCCAGCACCUCCUGAUCUUUCUGAAGCUGAUUUGCUGCCAUGCCGGUGCACCGUGACCGGGAGAAGAAGGAGAGUAUAGCAGAGGAGAUGGAAGUGGAAGACCAGGAGCAGGAUGCGUCCAGCUCAGAGGAGGAGGAUUCUGACACCUCCUCUGUCUCUGAGGAUGGAGACAGCUCAGAAAUGGAUGAGGAGGACUGUGAGCGGAGGAGGAUGGAGUGUCUGGAUGAAAUGUCCAACCUGGAGAAACAGUUCACUGAUCUAAAAGACCAGCUAUAUCGUGAGCGUCUCAGUCAAGUUAACAGCAAGCUGGCAGAGGUGGAGGCUGGCCGGGCAGCAGAAUAUCUGGAGCCUCUGGCAGUAUUGCUGGAGAACAUGCAGGUCCGCACCAAAGUUGCAGGAAUCUACAGAGAGUUGUGUCUGGAGUCUGUGAAGAACAAGUAUCAGUGUGAGAUCCAGGCAGCAUGCCAGCACUGGGAGAGUGAGAAGCUGCUGCUGUUUGACACUGUUCAGAAUGAACUGGAGGAGAAAAUUAGACGACUGGAGGAGGACAGACAUAGCAUCGACAUUACAUCAGAGCUGUGGAAUGACGAGUUGUCAGGGAGGAAGAAGAGGAGAGAUGCUUUAAGUCCAGACAAGAAGAGGAGAAGACCUUCAGUGGUGUCUGGCCCAUAUAUUGUCUAUAUGCUACCUGACUUGGACAUACUGGAGGACUGGACAGCCAUCAGAAAGGCCGUGGCCACGCUGGGUCCCCACAGAGGGAAGAGUGAAUCUGACAGCUCUGUGUUCCCAUUCAGACAAGACAGAAACAGACCCAUACUAAACUGCUGAAGCACACACACAGCGGAGCAUUUGUUCUGAAUCUUCCCACAAUCCACUACACUGCUCAGCUAACAGUGACACCAGUCGCUCCUGUGAAAAAUACUCACGAACACGUAAAUGCUUCCAUCUUUACCACCAUCCUGACAAGAAUUGAUUUUGUUAUUUCAGUGUAUUGCUAGUUUAUAUGGCCGUGAUUCAUGCAGGUUCGUCAGGAUGUGUUUUUAAUAGAUGGAGAAGGAACCAACCAUUUUCUUCCAAUAACCCUUCACAGAUACAACCCACUGUUUAUACAGGAUGAUGAACAAACUGCCAUUUAAUAGUAAAGAUUUUUAUAUACUGGUUUUUGAAGAUUAAGGUGGCGGGGAUGUGAAAUACUCAGAUUGAUAUUUUUCGACAGUUUCUGUUGAGUAAUGUGUCAGGUACAUUUGUGUCUUUUGUUAACGAUGUGGACGGGUUUUACAAUUAAACGUUUUAUAAUUAC